CGGACGUGUGAAAUUGCAACAGAGGACUUUGGAAACUUCCUCUCGGAUGAGGAGAUUGGGGACGCGCGCAGCACGCAUGCACACUGAUGCCCGGAUUUAAAUCUCUUCAGGAAUGCAUUUUCUCUCAAUUUGUCUUUGAAAACCAGACUUUUAGCUGAGAGCACAGAUGGAGUCAGAAGAGAAUAAGAUAUCAGUUUGGGUCUGCAGAGAAGAAAAGCUGGUCCUGGGCUUGACGAAGCGCACCACCUGCACGGAUGUGGUCAAAGUGCUCCAGGAGGACCAAAACCACCAGCACGGAGUCUCCAAGGCGCAGCCGUUCUGCAUCAUGGAGAAGUGGAGAGGUUUCGAGAGGAUUUUACCAAACAAAACCAAAAUCUUACGCCUUUGGUUUGCUUGGGGGGACGAACGGAUGAACGUGAGGUUUGUCCUGGUCAAAAGUGAGGCGUCUUUUUCCAAACACGCAGCCCAGAGUUCAGAGGCGCGCGUGGUGCCCAGCAAGCAGAGCCCCUGCGUCACCAAGGGGGAAGCGCGCCCCACAAUGGGGGGCAUCUCGCCCGAAAAACAGCGUCGGAUAGUCAGGAAAGCCUUCAGAAAGUUGGAAAAGAUAAACAAAAAGAAGACGCGCGCUGCGCAGGGUGACGCGUCAUGCGCAGAGAGGAUGGAAACCCUGGUGAACGUGGUGGUUUAUCAGGAUCACACGAUCCGCCAGCAGACCCAGAGGCUCUCAGAACUGGAUGCAGAGAUUGAAAAGUGUGAGGCAAAGGUGCAUUUUGACAGAAUCAAAACACAUGGAGUUAAUUAUGUCCAGAACACGUAUUUGGGUGCUGACCCAGACUCCAGCCCAGAGAGGCUCGGAAAGGCUGCAAGUGGGAGUCUGGCCAAGUUAGAGGAGUACGCCCGAGCGUGCGAGGAGGUGCUUGGGUUGCAGGAUAAACUGUGGGAGCAGGAAGCUAUCAUCGACCAAAUCACAGCUGAGAUCCAAGAGGAGCUGAACCAACGCUGGAUGCAGAGGAGGAAAGAGGAGCAGCAGAGCAGGAGCAGCAGAGGAUCACCGACCAACGCGUCAGAAAAUGUCCUGUUCGUGGAGGAAGACAGGAUCAGAACGCAACUAGAUGCCAGUUUAUACAUCGGUCUGCGCCUCAACGCGGAUUUAGAAGCUAUUAGGAGCGAUUUAGAGCUGUCCCAGCAGAUUUGCUUGGCGAGGGAGAAGGAAAUGAGGGAUUUGCUGGAGAAAGUGAACAGUUUGGACGUGGAGGAGGGGCUGCUGGUUGAUGGAGAGAGAUGCAGCCACGGGAUGGAUGAUAAGAAGAAGCUGAUGAGCACUUUGGAGAGCAAAGGCGGGUGGGUGGAACAAGGCAGAGGGCUGUCCAAGGAUCACAAUGUGAACGACGAGGAUUCAGACACUGGCUUAAGUUCUCUGCACAGUCAGGACUCGGACAGCCUCCCUGUGUGGGAAUCAUUGGUUUAGGAUUUCACUUUUCCUUAAAAAAACAAAAAGUUCUAGUCUCAGGGAUCACAAAGACUAAACAAUAACCCAUCCAUCCAUCCAUCAAUCUAUGCUGUAAUCGUAAAAAGUAUAAAUUUUGCCUAAAGGUGCUUGAAAACUUGUUUUUUUUUCUUUUCCACAAAGGAAAUUGUCUUUUGACGUGAAAAUAAAAGACCACAUUUGUAGAA